AUGUCUGCAGGCACUGCUCUGGUCGCAAUUUCGGACAAGGACUCAGGUGGCUCUGAGGGUACACACAAGCUAUGGGGAGACAUCCUGGCAGUCGUUGCAGCCAUGACUUACUCAGUGUACACGAUCAUGCUGAGAAAGCGCCUGCCUGACGAUGACCAUGUGGACAUGGCUCUGUUCCUGGGCUAUCUGGGCUUGAUCCUUACAUUCACAAUCGGUGCUAUUCUUUGGUUGCUUAUUGUGGCCGACGCCGUGAAAGUUGUGGGCUGGCCAAAAGGUGCCCUUGGAUGGGCUGUUGUGAAAGGCCUGUUGGACAACGUGCUUUCUGAUUACCUGUGGGCUCGGGCGGUCGUCCUCAUUGGCCCCACCCCUGCAACGGCCGGGCUGCUGAUGCAGUGGCCCAUAUCGAUUGUGGCCGAUCUGCUCCUUGGCAACGCUAAUUGGCUGCGACAGGUGUGGACUGCCGUUUGCAUGCUGGCUGGCGCCAUGUCUGUUUUGGUGGGGUUUGUGGGACUCAAUGUGGAGGAAAUUACGGUGAGAGAGUGGCUCAGGGGUAGGUUUACACGGCGAGUGUGGUGUGGAUGA